AUGGCCACAACUGAUGUUGGGCGACGCCAACUCACCGGCCCCUUGUCUAAUUUCGGAGCUGGCUCAGGAUUAUCUGCAGACCGCAUGCUCCUGCUUGGCGGCUUCACCAAACACCUAACUCCUAACUGGCCCCGCCAAUUUGCAACUGGUCUCCUCCUGCCUGGUCGGAGGGCACCAGGCUUUCCUAGUUUAGGGCUACCUGAGGAUAACAAUUUUGCCAUGCUCAAUCCCAUGGUUCAACCUGCAGAGACAUACGCUCGUUUUGGCAUGGCCUAUGCUGCUAAUGGAAGUAGCUCGCGCCGACCGGAUUCUGGUCAAGUUCAGCCGGGCUAUUAUCGUGGCCCCACAGCAAACUGGAGAUCAGGACGGCAGCAGGGAUCUGGUCAGAGCUCAAAUUUACAGCGCACGACUAGCGGAGGUAACCGUCGUCGGGUUGGGAGCAGGGGUGGUGGAGGUUACAUUGACCUCGAUGCCGUCUAG